GUGGAUGAGUGAGCUACUUGAUACGAAAGACACUAGCAUUACCCUGCAUAAAAUUGCAUCAAUAUGAAAACAUUCACUGUAGUAGCCCUGACUUUCCUGAUCUGCAUGAUGGUGUUCUGUACAACAGAAGGUAGACCACAACUUCGAUGCCAGUGUAUUAGAACAUAUUCAGGAAAUCCCAUUUCUAUCAAAAGAGUAGAUUCAAUAAAGAUAUUUCCUGCUGGUCCGCAUUGCAAAAAUGAGGAGAUCAUAGCCACAAUGAAGAAAAAACAUAGCACAACCUGUCUGAAUCCCAGUGAUGCCUGGGUGAAAUCUCUCAUUGAAGAAUUGAACAAGAAAUCAAACAGUAUAAAGGCAGCAAGAAUCGAAAAACAUCUUGCUUACUAAAGAACACAAAGAGGACUCUGACUAGAAGUACAGCUGAUGUUUGUUUGAAGGAAUUUAUUGUGUUUAUUUGACACCAUAACAGUACAAAUGUUUAGGGUCACUUAUUCAUCCCUCUUAUUCACCAAAAUAUCUUGGUUUUGUAUUUAAAGAAAUGUAUUUAUUGGCAGAAUUCUAUUUGUCUCUACAUGACUAAUUUCAAACUUUCAGACCUGUUCCUUUCGAUCAAAAUGUUUUAUAGCACCAUAAAACAUUUAAGUCAACUGACCCUUAACAUUUGAUAUGUUUGUUUGAGAUUUUCAUUUUAUUUAUUUGUAAUGUAGGUUGAUAACUAAAAUGUAUAUAUAAUAUUAUUUUGCUCUCAAAUGUUUAACAAAAUAAAAUGUGAUUUUCAUGAAUGAACGAGGCGCUUUAUUGUGUAUUGCUGUUUACUUAAAGUGCUUUACAAUCAUAUGAGGGGGGUCUCUCCUCAACCAACCACCACCAGUGUGCAGCAUCCACUUGGAAGAUGUGACGGCAGCCACAGUACAAAUGCGCCAGUGUUCUCACCACAAACCAGCUGUACGUGGAGAGGAGAGAGAUAUAGAGCCAAUUCAGAGGGUGGGAAUUAUUAGGAGGCCAUGAUUGACAAGGGCCAGUAGAGGGAAUCUGGCCAGGACACUGGGGUUACACCCCUACUCUUUACGAGAUGUGCCAUGGGAUCUUUAAUGACCACAGGGAGUCAAGAUCUCAG